UCGCAAGAAACAUACAUCUCCUCUUCCCAGAGACCAGAACGCUUCCAAGUCCUGGAAUCCCAAUCCCAAUCCCAAUUCUAUUCCCCCAAUUCCCGUCUCCUCUCCCUCUGCGCCCAUCAGAGUAUCGCCAUCUCCCUCUCCAGACAACGCGCCCCGCUCCUUCGAUCCUCUACUCCGUAUAGCAGAGUCCCCGACGACCCCACUUCGGCGCCAUCUCUUCGACUCUGACUGGACUUGGCCCAACUCGACUUCGAUCGCCCAGGUCUCAAGAUGAAUGUUAUCAAGUUGCAGAGGAAAUAUCCUCAAUUCCAGCAGGACGAAAUCUUCAGUCUCCAAGAUGCAUUCCGGAAACUUGAUGUCGAUGAUAAAGGAUAUAUUGAUGAAGCGACCGCCAUCAAAGCAACCCAAGCAAGCGAGAGGCAGCCAUACGAUGUUGUCCGACAGGCCCUGAAAGAGGUCGAGCUGGAUUCCUCAAGAAGGGUUGAGCUAGACGACUACGUCGGGCUCAUCUCAAAACUUCGAGAAUCAUCACCUGCGCAGCAGCGCAUGUCUACUGGUCCAGCAACGCCUGGCCGGGGUGCUGUAUCGCAACAAACAGGUGGCGGCCAUGCGCCAAAAGCAAGCGUCAGUGGGCGAAUUCAGGUUCAGGGAUCUUCAGCAAACGUUACCCAUACUAUCAAUGAAGAUGAAAGAACAGAAUUUACUCGUCAUAUCAACGCUGUUCUGGCCGGCGACCCGGAUAUUGGCUCCCGUCUCCCAUUCCCUACAGACACCUUCGAGAUGUUCGAUGAAUGCAAGGAUGGACUGGUGCUGGCAAAGUUAAUCAACGACAGCGUUCCCGAUACCAUCGAUGAGCGUGUACUGAACCGUCCCGGGAAGAAAAUCAAGUCUCUUAAUGCAUUCCAUAUGACCGAAAACAACAACAUCGUCAUCGAAUCCGCAAAAGGUAUCGGGUGUUCUGUGGUGAAUAUUGGAAGUGGAGAUAUCAUUGAGGUUCGAGAGCAUCUAAUCUUGGGCCUUAUAUGGCAAAUUAUCCGAAGGGGUCUCCUUGGAAAGAUCGAUAUUAAGCUCCACCCUGAGUUGUACAGGCUGCUGGAAGAAGAUGAAACCCUGGAACAAUUCUUAAGAUUACCUCCCGAGCAGAUUCUCUUGAGAUGGGUCAACUAUCACCUGAAAGCCGCCAAUUGGCCCCGCAGGGUAACAAAUUUUUCCAAUGAUGUCAAGGAUGCCGAGAACUAUACUGUUCUACUCGCUCAAAUUGCACCAGAGCACUGCGAUCGUCGUCCUCUACAGACUCAUGACCUGCUACAGAGAGCAGAGCAAGUACUACAGAAUGCUGAUGCGCUGGGCUGCCGAAAGUUCCUGACCCCAUCAUCGCUGGUUGCUGGCAACCCCAAGUUGAACCUAGCCUUUGUCGCAAAUCUCUUCAAUACAUGGCCUGCGUUAGAUCCGAUUACCGAAGAGGAUAAACUUCAAGUGGACGACUUUGAUGCAGAAGGUGAACGAGAGGCACGAGUCUUCACUCUCUGGCUCAACAGUCUCGAUGUCCAACCCGCUGUGAACUCCUUGUACGACGACCUACGGGAUGGAACAAUCCUCUUGCAAGCCUAUGAUAAGGUCGUAAAAGGAUCUGUCAACUGGCGUCACGUGAACAAGCCACCAGCUAACGGAGGGGAAAUGUCACGAUUCAAAGCUGUAGAAAACACCAACUACGCUAUCGAACUCGGCAAGCAAAAUCGUUUCUCUCUGGUCGGUGUCCAGGGUGCAGAUAUCACAGAUGGACAACGUACCUUAACGCUUGGACUCGUCUGGCAAUUGAUGCGCAAAGAUAUCUCCGAAACACUGUCCGCGCUUGCCCAACGAUUAGGCAAGCGUGAAAUCACGGAUGCCGAAAUGGUGAAAUGGGCGAACGAUAUGUCUCGGAAGGGUGGCAAGAGCUCAUCGAUUCGCUCGUUCAAGGACCCAAGUAUAGGCAGCGGAAUAUUCUUCUUGGAUGUCCUGAAUGGGAUGAAGAGCAGCUACGUGGACUACGAGCUGGUCACACCAGGCAGAACAGACGACGAUGCAUAUCUGAAUGCAAAGCUUAGUAUCAGUAUUGCUAGGAAGAUGGGGGCGACAAUUUGGCUUGUUCCGGAGGAUAUCUGUCAGGUGCGAAGCAAAUUGGUGCUUACAUUCAUUGGCUCAUUGAUGGCGACAUAUGAAAAGAUGCAGUGA